CAAUGGAGCUUCCAUACAUGAACCCUUAUUUGGAAUCUGUUGGUUCUCCCAGUUUCCAAACAGGGUGCAAUUUUGCUACCGGAGGGGACACUAUUCAACCUGCAAAUGCAGCUUCAACGAACCCUUUUUCCUUUAAUCUCCAGAUAUCUCAAUUCUUCAGAUUCAAGAAACGAGUUCUUACAUUACUUUCCAAAGACAAGGAACUUGAGAAAUAUCUCCCUGCGGAAGAUUAUUUCAACAAGGCCCUUUACAUGUUCGAUAUCGGCCAGAACGAUAUCGACGGCGCGUUGUAUUCACUGGCAUCAGAUAAACUAGUUCUCGAUUUCGUUUCGCAGCUUAUGUCGGAUCUCAACUACGGAAUGAAGAGACUAUACGAUGUAGGCGCAAGGAAUUUCUGGGUUCACAACACAGGUCCCCUCGGAUGCUUGCCGAGAAUCAUAGCUACAUUCCAAAAAAACCAGUCGAACAUCGACAUGCAUCGCCUCGCACAACCGAUGCCUUCCAAAAUUUACUUGCAAAAGUUUCCUUAG